UUAUGUCAAUAAAUUCUUACAAUAAUGAUAAAAAAUGUUUUUUACGAUAUGAAACAAUACCGUAUAUAUUCUAUUAUAAUUUUUCAUUGUCGUAAAUUUUGUACCAACAAUCAGCCUUUUCCGUCGAGCAGGCAAGAUGUCCCACAGAAAAUUUUCUGCGCCCCGACAUGGCUCUAAAGGGUUUCUUCCAAAGAAGAGAUCAAGGAGACAGCGUGGUAAAUGCAAGGCGUUUCCUAAGGAUAACAAAUCAAACCCGGUUCAUCUUACAGCCUUCAUUGGUUACAAGGCAGGAAUGACCCACAUUCUCCGAGAAGUUGAUCGACCUGGCUCCAAGUCAAAUAAGAAAGAAGUUGUUGAGGCUGUCACGAUCGUUGAAGCACCACCUAUGAUGGUAGUUGGCUGCACUGGUUAUAUUGAGACUCCAAGUGGCCUUAGAUCUUUCAAGACCAUCUGGGCUGAGCAUUUGAGUGAAGAAUGUAGAAGAAGAUUUUACAAGAACUGGUACCGCUCCAAGAAGAAGGCAUUUACCAAGGCUUCCCAGAAAUGGAAUGAUGAUGCUGGCAAGAAGGAGAUUGAGAGAGACUUCAACAAGAUGAAGAAAUAUUGUACUACCAUCAGGGCUAUCUGUCACACUCAGACCAAGUUGUUGAAGAAACGUCAGAAGAAAGCCCACAUUAUGGAGAUCCAAGUUAAUGGUGGAACUAUUAGUGAAAAGGUAGACUGGGUGCGUGAACACAUGGAGAAAAGUGUACAAGUCAAGAGUGUGUUUUCCCAGGAUGAGAACAUUGAUAUCAUUGGUGUCACCAAAGGAAAGGGAGUGAAGGGUGUAACUUCAAGAUGGCACUGCAAGAAACUACCAAGGAAGACACACAAGGGUCUUAGAAAGGUUGCUUGUAUUGGAGCAUGGCAUCCUAGCCGUGUACAGUUCACUGUAGCUCGUGCUGGUCAGAAGGGUUACCAUCAUCGUACUGAAAUCAACAAGAAGAUUUACCGCAUUGGAGAUGGAAUCCACACCAAGGAUGGCAAAGUUGUGAAGAACAAUGCUGCCACCGAGUAUGACCCUACAGACAAAACAAUCACACCCCUUGGUGGCUUCCCUCAUUAUGGUGAGGUCAACAAUGACUUCCUCAUGAUCAAGGGAUGCUGUGUUGGGCCUAAGAAACGGGUUCUUACUCUAAGAAAGUCGUUGCUGAAGUCACACAGGAGAAGACAGAUGGAGAAGAUUACUCUGAAGUUCAUCGAUACUUCCAGCAAGUUUGGUCAUGGACGUUUCCAGACAAUCGAGGAGAAGAGAACCUUCAUGGUAAGCUUGAUCAACCAAAUUUGCUGCAAUUUAUUUCUAGCAACAUUUUAUUAUCAUAAAUACAAUCUUUUAAGUUUUGGUUAGGUUUUUUAUACAUUA